GCUCUGGGGCAAGCUGGGGCAGUUCUGGGUCUAAUUCCUUCAUCUCAGUGACCGUUGACUCAUCAAGAGGGGGAUCCAAUAACGCAGCUCCUGAGAAAUGAACUUCUUCUGGGCUGCAAUUAUACCACUACAGGUACUACCAUGUCGUCAUAAGGCUCAUCAUGAGGCACAUCAAGACCCAGCUGCCCCCCUCACUGGUCCCCCUGCAGUUCACGUAUCGUCCAACUGCACAACAGAUGACGCCAUCGCCACCACCCUCCAUCUGGCCCUCACCCACCUGGACAAUAAGGAAAUAUACGUUUGAAUGUUGUUCAUAGACUUCAGUUCAGCAUUCAACACAAUCAUUCCUCAGCACCUGACUGGAAAGCUGAACCUGCUGGGCCUGAACACCUCCCUCUGCAUAUGAAUCCAGGACAUCGUGACUGGGAGACCUCAGUCAGUCCGGAUUGGGAGCAGCAUCUCCACCACCACACUGAGCACUGGGGUCCCCCAGGGCUGUGUGCUCAGUCCACUACUGUUCACUCUGCUGACUCACAACUGUGCAGCAAUGCACAGCUCGAAUCACAUCAUCAAGUUCACCGAUUACAUGACCGUGGUGGGUCUCAUCAGCAAGAACGACGAGUCAGCAUACAGAGAGGAGGUGCAGCAGCUAACGGACUGGUGCAUAACCAACCUGUCACUGAAUGUGGACAAAACAAAAGAGAUGGUUGUUGACUUCAGGAGAGCACGGAGAGACCACUCUCCGCUGAACAUCGACGGCUCCUCUGUGGAGAUUGUCAAGAGCACCAAAUUCCUUGGUGUUCACCUGGUGGAGAACCUCACCUGGUCCCUCAACACCAGCUCCAUAACCAAGAAAGCCCAGCAGCGUCUCUACUUUCUGCGAAGGCUGAGAAAAGCUCAUCUUCCACCCCCCAUCCUCACCACAUUCUACAGAGGGACUAUCGAGAGCAUCCUGAGCAGCUGCAUCACUGCCUGGUUUGGAAAUUGCACCGUUUUGGAUUGCAAGACCCUGCAGAGGAUAGUGAGGACAGCUGAGAAGAUCAUCGGGGUCUCCAUUCCCUCCAUCAUAGACAUUUACACCACACGCUGCAUCCGCAAAGCUACCAGCAUUGUGGAUGACCCCACGCACCCCUCACACAAACUCUUCACCCUCCUGCCGUCUGGCAAAAGUUACCGAAGCAUUCGGGCCCUCACGGCCAGACUGUGUAACAGUUUCUUCCCCAAGCCAUCAGACUCAACACUCAGAGACUGGACUGACAACACACACACACACACACACACACACACUCAACUGAACACCAUCCGACUCCCUUUGCAAUUUUGCACAUUUCUGUAUUAUCUACCCAAGUUUUUUUUUUUUUUUUGCUGCUACUGUAUUCAUAAAAUAUUGUACUUAAUUUACUUAUUGAAUGUUUACAUUCACAGCAUUUUCUAUUAUAUUGUAAUAUCUUUUAGCACUACCUGUUUCAUCUGACACUUUCACACUAGAACUGUGUACUGGUCGGCGCUGCACUGUCUCUUACUGUGCCUAUUGUCCUGUUUCAGCAAUUAUUGCACCGUCUUGUACUGUUUGCACACGUUUGCACAUGCACUUUAUGUAGAAAUGUGUAGGUCUUUUAGUUCUGUGUAGUCUCAUGUAGUUCUGUGUUUGUUUCAUGUUGUUUUUAUGUAGCACCAUGGUCCUGGAGGAACGUUGUUUCAUUUCACUGUGUACUGUAAUAUCUGUAUAUGGUUGAAAUGACAAAAAAAAAAAAAAAAAAAAAAAAAGCCACUUGAUUUGACCAUGUGUUUUGGACAUGUACCUUAGAAAUACCAUGGUUAUUCUGGAUCAUGUUGGUAGUUUCAUGUACCACUGUAGUAUCAUGGUACUCUUUGAAGUACCAUGAAAAUAACAUGGUAUUUGAAUGUGAUAAUCAUUUAGUACCAUGGUACGAAUAAACUACAAGUUAAAUAUGUUCCGAAAGAGGCUAAUAAACAUAAUAAGCAAAACAAGUAAAGCUAGAUUAAAUUAAAUGUAUAUACGUGUAGUCAUAUGUCAAACUGAAAGAGAUGCAUACAAAUUAUCGUUUGCAUAUCGAUAGGCCGAGAUGUUGUAAAUAAACGAUACACAUGAACAAGUCUCUGAUAUCACAUCAAUCAGCAGCACACAGAGAAGAGCAAACCUGCAUAUUUAGAUUCAGUACACUCAAACUAAUCGG